GACAGUUCCGUCCCUCUCUUUCCAUUGAGACAAUGAAAGAGUUCAGCUUCCCAUAAUCCCUGUUAAUAAUAAAAACAAAUAAAGGAGAAUUUUCCCUAAUUCUGUGCCAGAUAUUUGUCUCUAUGGUGAGUAAAGCUAUGAAAUAAUUGAAGGAAAUUCAUUCUUCUUCUUAAAAUUAUAUCAUGUAGUGGUGCCCCAACAAUCUAUAACUGUUCUUGGCUCCCCAUUUCCACCAAGCUGAGAGGUACAAGAACCAGAAACAAAGGGGGACAGCAAAAAUGGCAGAGUUUUGCAAAAUGCCAGAAGAGAUGGUGGUGCCAAUCCUAUCACGGUUGCUUCCGAAAUCUCUAAUGCGAUUCAAGUGCAUCCACAAGUCAUGGCAUUCUCUGAUCAAUAGUCCCCAGUUCAUAUCCAAGCAUCUUCACUUUCACAACAACUUGUCUUCCUCCACUACCAUCCUCUUAAAGCGUCCUGUAAUGCGCAGAACCGAUACUUUGAAUGAGAAGAUUGUUUGUUCGUUCCUUAAUCUUCACAAUGCAAAUGAUGGUGAUGAGGAUAACCUUCAUUAUGAUAUCAAGGACCUCGAAUUUCAGCCUUCAAUGGGUUUAAAUACUAGGGGACAAUUUAUUGAAAUACCUAAUGAAUAUUAUUAUAAUUGUGCAUAUAUUAUAGGUCAAUGUGAUGGGAUAUUUUGUCUAACUCUUUAUGCUGCAAAAGACCUUGUUUUGUACAAUCCAGCAAUCAAAGAAUUCAAGUUUCUUCCUGAGUCAUGCCUUCAAGAUAAGAAUAUAGGUUCUGUGGGAUUUGGCUAUGAUCCCAAGUCUGAAGAUUACAUACUCGUUAGCGUUGUAAGUUAUGGGCAUGGGGAGCAAUAUUACAAUGAUGAUCGUCUCGUUAUUGAUCCUAUGAGAGCAGAAGUUUACACAAUGAGUACCGAUUGUUGGAGAGAGAUCAAGAUUCACAAUCUGGAAACCGAAACUACGUUUUUUUGGCCUAGACAUUUCCAAGUGUACUUUAAGGGUAAUUGUUACUGGUUGGCACAUGAAAAAAGGAAGGAAUUCAUCACUUUGUAUGACAGACUUGAGGAGUACUACAUUUGGGAAGCAAUUGUUUGUUUUGACACCGCCAAUCGGAUUUUUCAUAAUAUAUUGGUUCCAGAUUGCUUGUACGAAUUCCCAAUGCAUGACUUGGACCUUGCAGUAUGGCACGAUUCCAUUGCUCUUUUUGGCUUUUAUCGCGGUGGAAGUCGACCCUUUGAGAUCUGGGUGAUGGAUAACUUCGAUGGUCUCAACUCUUCAUGGGUAAAACAGCUAUCCGUUGACAUUGCGAAAUCUCCUAUACCGUUGGCACUUUGGGAAAGGAAUAAGAUUCUUUUGGUUUUCACACAUACACAAAUAGCUUUGUACAGCUUUGUAACUGAAACAUAUCAGUAUUUACCACUUUAUGGUGCGAGUUUUUUCAGGCUUUUCCUUAUGUGGAUAGUAUAGUUCCAGUCAAGAGGUAAUAACCUAUACCUAUAUAUAUAUAUAUAU